AUGGCACAAUUCGACAUGUCAAUGGUUAGCAAAAAUUUGCAUGUAUUUAAAGGCGAAUUCAAAUAUUUAGAAGACUUUAUAUCUCAAGCAGAAUUGCUGCAUGAUUUGCUACAAGAGCAAGAUAAAGAAUUAUUCAUUAAGUACAUCUAUAAUUUCAAGUUAUCAGCCCAAGUAAGGAGUAUUUUAGGUCGUUCAAACAAGCCAACGACAUUUGUACAAUUAAAAAAGGCACUGGAAGAUGCUUAUCCAAACCCAAGAACGCUACAACAGCUAUUAACUGAAUUAGGAACAACCAAGCAAGGGCAUUUAACAAUGACUUCAUAUAGGGAAAAGAUAUCUGAACUUUGUGAUGAGUUAAAUCGUUUUGAAAUAGGAAAUUUAAAGAACCCGUCUCAAGAGACCAAAGAUGCGAUAUACAAAGUUAAUGAGAGUAUGGCAUUAAAUGUUUUUAUGAAAGGGGUUAACGCAGAAUAUCAGCCAAUUUUAUUGGCUAAUAUGCCCUCAAGUUUAAAUGAGGCGACCCAAAGAUGUAUUACAGCUGAGAGAAGUUUAGGUCUGGAUACGAAGGAUGUAUACUUUGUAAAUAGAACAAAUAGAUCAAAUGAACAAAGUAAACCUUAUAGAAAAAGUUAUAGAUACAAUUAUAACGAUUACAAUAACUCGUACAGAAACAAUUACAAUACACGAUACAAUAUCGGUAAUCGAUGCAGUGAUAAUUAUGGAAAUCCAGGUGGACGAAAAAAAUUCAGCAAUGGUCACAGCAAUAAUCGCAAUAACUAUCAAGGAAACAACAAUAAGAAUGCAGAAUAUAAAAAUAUACACGGCAAUGUGAAAUACAAUAAUGGUAAAAACGACAGAAUCAAGCAUACGGAAGUCAGAAAUUAUAAGGCUUUUCCAUGUACAUGUCAACAGGGAAACUCAGACGGCCGGAUGAUGGAAGAAUUCAUCCAGGAGGCCCAAAAUUAA